ACGCGGCCCGCUGCUCAGGUAAACAGAUGCUGAACUUUUCUCUGCCUCCGCCGGUGUGACCGUCCUCACACCGCCGGUUCAGUGUUGCAGAAGAAGUUGGUGGAGGAGUGACGGCGGGUCGUGCGCGCGUCUGUCCCGGGCGGCUGUGAAGCAGGAGGAGCGAUUUAACCCGGAACUUCGUGCUCUUUUCAUGUCAACAUCAGAGAAACAACAAAGUUCCUGUUAGCAGUUAGCUUCAGUUAGCAACCGUGGGUCCGCUGCCGGGUCACCCAGCCCGGAGUAAAGUUCGAGUCCGGGUCGAGAGCUGCUCGGCGGGAGGGCAGGACACUCUGCGAACGGCAGUAGUGUUAUAAACGAGUUUGCGCGACAGCGUGCCGUUAGCCGUUUGUUACAGUCAGUGUUCACGGGAGACUUAGAAGCUAGGGGGACCGGAGCUAACACACCGGAGCUGGACUCUGUACACCGACACACCGACUGUGGAUGUUCAACAGGUCACCGACUGCUGCUGCUGAACCCGGGUGGUGGCUCACGCUCUGAGGUCAGCAUGGCGUUUCCUUGACAAACCCGCAUCGGUUCACAGUGGACCCGUCUGGGAUCAGGUUCGGUUUGACCUUAGGUGACACGCUGCGAUUUCUGUGCAUCAAUUGGUCGUUCGUGGGCUACCUGUCAGCAUGCAGCUGACCUAUGAGAAGCUGCCUGCUCAGCUGAGGCGGAGCUCCAGACUCAGGAAAUUUACGGCCGUCCUGCUCACAGCGUACGCCGUCAAAAAGCUGUCUCCAUAUGUGUGGAGGAGGCUGCAGAGGCGAGCAGCAGGUAAACAGCUGGGUGUAUCUGAUCCAUCAGUGGGUGCAGUGAGCUCUGCUGACGAUGGCGGAGAGACGAGCAAGAAAGAGAAGAAGCAGAAGAAGAGUGACAGCAGGUCUCCGUCGGUCAACAGGGACUUUUUCCUCAGACUUUCCCGGCUGCUGAAGCUCUUGUUUCCACGGUUACUUUGUCCAGAGAUCGCCCUGCUCGCCUUACACUCUCUCACCCUGAUGUCCCGGACCUUCCUGUCGAUUUACGUCGCGUCUCUGGACGGCGUGAUAGUGCGGUGUAUUGUUCAGAAGGAUCCUCAGGCCUUCGUGCUUCAGCUCUCCAAGUGGCUCCUCGUUGCAGUUCCUGCAACUUUCAUAAACAGCGCCAUCAGAUUCCUGGAGGGUCAGCUGAGCCUCAGCUUCAGGACCCGAUUGGUUAACCAUUCCUACCAGCUGUAUUUCACCAAUCAGACGUACUACAGAGUCAGCAACAUGGACGGGCGUCUGUCCAAUCCCGAUCAGUCCCUCACGGAGGACAUCGUCAUGUUUUCGGCCUCCGUCGCUCACCUCUACUCCAACCUGACCAAACCCAUCCUGGACGUGAUCGUCACCUGCUACACGCUGAUACGCACCGCCCACUCCAAAGGAGCAAACACAACGUGGCCAGCGGUCAUCGCCGGCCUGGUCGUAGCGCUCACGGCUAAAGUCCUGCGCUCCUGUUCGCCUCGAUUCGGGAAGCUCGUGGCCGAGGAGGCGAAGAGGAAAGGAGACUUGCGUUACAUGCACUCGCGAAUCAUCACCAACUCAGAGGAGAUUGCCUUCUAUGGAGGACACAAGGUGGAGCUGGCCCAGCUGCGGAGGAGCUACACGUCUCUGUCCUCUCAGAUCCAUCAGAUCCUGCUGAAGCGCCUCUGGUACAUCAUGCUGGAACAGUUCCUCAUGAAGUACGUGUGGAGCGCCUCCGGCCUGGUGAUGGUCGCCGUGCCCAUCAUCACCGCCAUCGGAUACGCUGAACACGACUCGGAGGAGGUGAAGCAGGCUGCCAUGGUGAUGAAGGAGGAGGAGCUUGUGAGUGAACGGACGCAGGCCUUCACCACGGCCAGGAACCUCCUGAACGCUGCAGCCGACGCCGUGGAGAGAAUCAUGAGCUCCUACAAGGAGGUGACGGAGCUGGCAGGUUACACUGCUCGAGUCUCUGAGAUGUUGGAUGUGUUUGAAGAUGUGAAUCAGGGGAUCUACCGCCGCUCCGCAGACAGAGAGAAGGAGGAGUUAACAGCUGAAGGAGGAGGAGGAGCAGUUCAGCACGGGCAGAGAGUCUGUGGUCCGCUACAGAUCAGAGGUCAGGUGAUCAGCGUGGAAAAGGGGAUUCGCUGUGAGAACCUGCCAAUCAUCACGCCUACCGGAGAUGUAGUAGUGUCCUGUCUGAAUAUCCAGGUGGACGAUGGGAUGAACGUGCUGAUCACCGGUCCAAACGGCUGUGGGAAGAGUUCCCUGUUCAGGAUCCUCAGUGGGCUGUGGCCUGUUUAUGGAGGAGUCCUGUACAGACCGGAGCCAGAGCACAUGUUCUAUAUCCCACAGAGGCCUUACAUGUCAGAGGGGACCCUCAGAGACCAGGUGAUCUAUCCGGACUCAGUGGAGGAGAUGGUUCAGAGAGGACUCACAGAUUCAGACCUGGAGGAGAUCCUUCGCACCGUCCACCUGCGCUACAUCAUGGACCGAGAGGGAGGUUGGGAGUCGGUCAAUGACUGGAAAGACGUUCUGUCUGGAGGAGAGAAGCAGCGGAUGGGGAUGGCUCGGAUGUUCUACCACCGGUAAGGUCUCACUCUUUAAUGAGCGAAGGAUGCUCACAGCAUCUGGCUGUCCUCGGGCUGGACUUUGGACAGAGACGUCAUGAAAGAGCGACGAGGUGCUCAAAGAGUUCUGAACAGAAACCUGAAGGAAGCGUUUUUAAUGGUGAAGGUGGAGAUAAACCUGCCCUCUGCCUCCACAGAGCCAGCCAACAGCUGAACCGAGGUGGUGUUGCAGUAGAGGUUUGCUGCUGUGUAGUAGCUGUUAUUAUAGGUGAUAUGUAGGUGAGUGUAGGCUCAGUUUGUCCAUAAUGUAGACUGUUGUGUUUCUUGGCUCAGGGUGGGAGGAUCUGAGACGCUGCUCGUGUUGGUACUUUGAACUGAGCCCCUAUAGAAACUGUAAUGUGUUAACUUUGCAUAUGAAAUCAGAUUUGACUCAUGAUGAUUCUGUAUGUCUGUGAAGGUUCUCAGUCAUCCAGGUCAUCGUAGUCAAAGGAGCUUGCAAAGAAAAGCGUCUGGACU